UCUUUCUUCGGAGGGGACGAGUUUUUGCUGAGUUUCGCUGGAUUGGAAUGGUACUGUGGGGAAAUGUAGGUUUUUGCUUUUUACUAGAGGAAGCUUCGUUACUAGUAAAAUUUCAAGUUGCUAAGUUUACAUUAAUUUCUUUUGAUAAAUUUUCAAAUAUUCAAAUGCUAACGAAUAUUAUCUGCUUUCGACGCAAGAGUCUCUAUGUCGACACGUUAUAAGUAGCGCCGACGAUACUUAUACCUUAGACGCCAAGUUGAUGGCUUUUCGUCGCGAUACAAGUAUCAACGACUAAAAUUUCAAACAUAGUACCUUCGACAAGCAGCUGGGGUUCUUGUGCCAGUGUUAAACUCUACCUACGCAGGCAUCAGCUCCGCAGUCGCCGACAGUCAGUUUCCAGAGGCACAACAAUCCGAGGAAACUUUGUUUAUAAACAACGAGGGAGACAAGCGCUCAGGUCUCUAGAACAGUGUUUGAUUUUAUUUCUCCGUGUGCACGAGCGUCGGGAAAGCGGGUAUACUUUCGUGUUCUUCGUUUUUAAAGAUAUAGAAGAAAAUGGAUUCUGAUGGCGAAAUUUGUUACGACGAAUUUAACGAACAGCUAGAUUUCGGAUAUGAAUUCUAUGGAAACGUAAUUGAAAAACCCGAAGCUGCCGAGUAUCCGUAUGAAGUUCUUUCAACCGAAGAAAUCGUUGAACACAUGGUAGAUACCAUAAAAAAGGUAAACACAGUGGUACGACUUCCAGCCACGACGACUCGAAUCUUGCUAAAUCACUUUAAGUGGGACACAGAGACAUUAGUAGAAAAAUUUUACGACGAAGAUCAGGAAAAAUUGUUUGCAGAAGCGCGUGUUGUGAGUCCCUUUAAAAAACAACCUGUAAUUAAUAUAACUUGUUCUCUCCAAAAUUUGACGACGAAGAGUAAUUCAGAUGAAGAAGAAGAAUGCGGAGUUUGUUUUAUGACUUUACCGACAGAUGAGAUGAGCGGAUUGGAAUGUGGUCACAGAUUUUGCACUAACUGUUGGCGUGAAUAUUUUCAAACUAAAAUCAUGGGAGAGGGACAAGGUCAAAAGAUACCUUGCGCUGCUCAUGACUGUGAAAUUUUAGUAGACGAUGCCACUAUUAUGCGCCUAGUGGAAGAUCCCAAAGUUAAAUUAAAGUAUCAGCAUCUCAUCACCAACAGUUUCGUCGUAUGUAACCGGCUACUCAAAUGGUGUCGAACUGCGGACUGCAACCACGCUAUCAAAGUUCAGUACGUGGAGUCCAAACCGGUCACCUGCAAGUGCAAUAAUACCUUCUGCUUUAGUUGUGGCGAAGACUGGCACGACCCGAUAACUUGCGAUCUCCUGCGCAAGUGGAUAAAAAAAUGCAACGACGACUCGGAGACAUCUAACUGGUUCGCGGCUAACACAAAAGAGUGCAUAAACUGUAAAACAAAGAUCGAAAAAAAUGGUGGCUGCAAUCGCAUCGUUUGCUCGAACCAGAACUGCAAAAUGGAAUUCUGUUGGGCCUGUCUUAAAUCUUGGAAAUUGCAUGGCUAUGGCGGGUAUUGCAACGAAUACGACGAGGUAAACGGAAAAAAGUCUCGAGAGAUAUCCAAGGCAGAUCUUCAGAGGUAUCUGUUCUACUGUGAAAGAUACACGAACCAUAUGCAGUCGCUCAAGUUCGAAAAGAAACUGUAUGAAAAAUUAAAAAAAAAGAAGGAGGAGACGCCGGAAAACAAUAUGUCUUGGAUGGAUGUUCAGUUUUUAACGACAGCUACAGAUGUUUUAUGCUCAUGCAGACAGACACUGAUAUAUACCUAUGUAUUUGCUUUUUAUCUAAAGAAAAAUAAUCAGUCUCAGAUUUUUAACGAUAACCAUAGCGAUUUGGAGAGAGCAACAGAAACUCUUUCGGGGUUCCUUGAAAGAGAUAUUACUGGCGAAGAUGUGAGAGAUAUUAAGCUAAAGGUUCUGGACAAGUACCAAUAUUGCGAAAGCCGAAGAAAAGUACUUUCAGAUUUCGUGAAAGAAGGUUUUGAAAAAGAAUUGUGGGAAUUUAUAGACUAGAUUAUAGCUCGAAGUUAACGUCAAACAUCCUAGAAUUUCUUUGUAAGCUAAUUGACUAACUCUUUUAGAUAAUUUAUAUGUAAAAUCUCUUUUAGACAUUUUUAUGUGCGAGCGAAUAUAGAAUGGCAUAUCUGCACUUUUAAUACAUAAGAUAUUAUUUUAUAUAGAAAAUAUAACAAUGACUUUUAUUUUUUUUUAAUAUCUCAACUUUUAUACGUGUGUAUGACGUAAUAAAUAUUUUCACAUAA